AUGGCUACUACUGUCGAAAGUUUGAUGUCACUUACUCAAGUCCCACUUGGACCGAAUGGAGAACCCCUCCGAAGAUCUGAACGUCUCAAUAAACUCAAGAGCGAAGACGAGAUCUGGCAAGGAUUGCAGAAAGUCAAAGGCACGAACUACGAGAGACUCAGUCUGUACAACCAUAACGGAGUCCCCAAGAAACUCUAUGCCGUCAAAGCGCUCGACAUCAACCUCGACAACUUGUGGCCUGGUAAAAUCGUCAAGGCAAUCGACUGUUACCCUCAGACAGACCUCAAAUGCCGACCAUACGAUGGCACUAUCGGCGCGACUUCCAUUGCCGGCCCCAUCGCGGCAAAGUUCCGCUACAUGAUAGUCCUGUGGAGGACUAAUCAGGGAGUGGCGGCGAUACCUCUCUAUACCCAGACAGAGAGCAAACUUAGCAAGAACAGAAUGGGCGAGCUCGUAAGCGUCUGUACGGUGGGAAUGACCAAGUGGCCGGGAGACACACCAUGGGCAGGCAUGCCAAUCCUCGUAUCUUUCAACCCAGAAUACAACUGCGAGAACAAAUGUUACGCCGAUCUUUCCCGUCCACACUGGAUAGGACAAUGCGAAACGAUCCUUGACGACGUCGGUCACGUCGAGGGUGGAGAAUACAGCAGACUGAUAGACUUGCUCCACAUGAAAGAGCGCGAGUUCAGAACAGCUGCCUUCGCGAGGUUCAAAACAAAACCAGAUGGCACUUCAGAGACUUGGGACCCAUGGACGCCUACCAGCAAUCACCAGCCGAAGGCGAAAGAGAGGUUCAAGGAUGACAAAGUAAACAGAAUGAACUUCCAGGAGUUCAAGCACGGCAAGUAG